UUCGUUUAUCUUUGCCGCCCUGGGCUCCUUGGAGAGGAAGAGCGGGUUAUAAAUUCAGUAAAUGUGGCGGGUGGUGCUCUUAGCGCACCUGCUACGUACAUAGGGAGUGGGCCGGGAGGCGGCAAAGCAGGUCACCGCCGUACAAUCCCCUCAGGUGUGCCUGCGGGAGGCAGCAUUUUGAGCUCUUGCUCUACGAGAGGUUUCCUCCCAAGUUCGGCCAGGCCCGACCCAUCCCCGGCGGUGGGGAAGUUCUGUUUAAGCCUGGCUUCGUGGACGGCCUGAGUCUACCCACCCGAUUCCCGGAAGGAGCCUCCAGCAGGCGACGGGGCGGCUCUCCUCGGCUUUUACAGAAAAAGAGGGGACGGAAUUGCUGCUGCUGCUGCUGCUGCGUGGAGUCCUGCACUGGGGGAGCGGCGAAGUCAGCUGCCCCCACUUCUAUAGAGCGAGGCUCGUGGCGGAAGGGCUGUGUCUCAACUGCCUCUUCUAUCAGUGAAGCUAAAAAAAAGUUAAAUAUACAGCAUCCAUCCAUUAAGAGAAGGGACGACAUACAUUCAGCAGAACUUCAUUGCGGAUGGAGAAUUCUUUAUCGAUAAUGGCCUCAGCCCGACCAUCUACUAAUAUGGAAGAGGAAGCCAUGUGCUCCAUCUGCCUGGAGUAUCUGACAGAUCCAGUGACUUUGGACUGUGGCCACAACUACUGUCGGGGCUGCAUCACCAACUACUGUGAGGCAUGGGAAGAACAAGGGGUGGGGCCUUUGAAGUGUCCCGUGUGCAAAGAAAAGAUGCAGAAAGGGGAUUUCCGGCCCAACUGGCAGCUGGCAAAUAUAGUAGAAAAAAUUAAACUCCUGGCACUAAAUAAAGAGGGAAAGGAUCUAUGUGUGAAGCAUCAAGAAAAACUCCACCUGUUCUGCAAAGAAGAUAAAGAAUCGGUCUGUGUAUUUUGUGAGCGAUCACCAGAACAUAUGUUGCAUCCUGUGGUUCUCAAGGAAGAGGCUGCCCAGGAAUAUAAGGAUCUGAUGGAUGGCUGCCUGGAAACUCUGGGGGAGGAGAGAGAGAAAAUUCUGGCAUAUGAAGCAGAUGUAAAAAAGGAGAGCCAAGGGCUGCUUAAAUUCUCAGAAAAUGAGAGGCAAAAGGCAAUGCUUCAGUUCAGACAACUGCACCAGUUUCUCGAAAAACAAGAAAAACUAAUGCUGAAUCAGAUGGAAAAGUUGGAGAAGAGGACUGCAGCAAAAAGGGAUCAGCUCCUGGCCAAACUCUCAGAGGAACUCUCCUCGCUUCAAAGGCUCAUCCGGGAGAUGGAGGAAAAGUGCCAGCAGCCAGCGAGUGAACUCCUGCGGGAUGUCAGAAGCACCUUGCAGAGGUAUGAGAAAAGAGAGAUAUUGGAGAAUUCAGUGCCUUCCUCUUCAGAGCUAAAGAGGAAGAUCUGCGCAUUCUGGGAUAUAGAUUCCCUUCUGAAGGGUGUCAUGAAGCUAUUCAAAGAUCCUUUUCAAUCCGGAUUUCGUCCCUUGCAUUCCACUGAGACGGCUCUUACAAAGAUCACAGAUGACCUCCUUACUGCCAAGUUUAAAGCAAAUGUCACUUUGGAUCGAGACACAGCCCAUCCUGAGCUCAUCCUGUCUGUGGAUGGUAAAAGCGUGAGAAGGGAAGACAAAUGUCAAGACCUGCCCGACAAUCCUGAAAGAUUCAACUCGCUUCCUUCUGUGCUGGGACGGGAGGGCUUCACAGCAGGCAGCCAUUUCUGGGAAGUCAUUAUGGGAAGUGAGGCAGUAUGCGCUGUGGGCGUUGCCAGGAAGUCUGUGAGGAGAAAGGGCUCCUAUGACUUAAGUCCUGAGGUAGGGAUUUGGUCUGUGAUCAACUGGGAAGGUGAGUACAGGGCCCGCAACCCCCCUAACAACCUUCUUCUGCCUGUGAGUAGGGGGCCCAAGAAGAUCCGAGUGACUCUGAAUUAUGAAGGGGGGCAGGUGUCUUUUUCUGAUGCUGAUACAGGAACCCUUCUGUACACAUUCGUGGUAGCCUCAUUCUCUGGAGAGACCCUCCUUCCCUACUUUUGUCUGUGGAAAUUUAAAACUGGCCUCAUAAUCGCUUAAGGAGGCCAAAUCUACGUUAUCAGCCCAGGUGUCUCUCCAGAUCAGAAUGAUUGAUCUAAAAAUCAAACAUUUGUUUUCCAAGAGCACUUUUGACAGCUUUGCAAAGGUCCUUAGAGGGGGAUUCAUUCGAGUCAGAAUCGGCAGAAAAAAGGAUGGGUUUUGCUUUUUCCUUCCCUUUCUCAGAGUUCUCCCUGCAGCCUUAGUUCUAAAGGAGACAGUAACACAUUUUACAAUCCUAAAAAAUGUAUUCCCCAAUAGGGUUCAGCCUCCUUGAUUUUCAGUCCUGGUUUCAUUUUUUAUUUUCCAUUUUCCCCUCCCCACAAGACCUCCAACAGCUGUGGAGAUGCAGACAUUGGAUUACUGCUAGAAAAUAUUUUUUCCACCCAUAGCAAUGAAAGCUUAUUGAGCUGUAUCCAGUGUUAAUCAUGCUCAGAGUAGACCCAUUGAAAUUGCCUCCCUACUGGGAGGAAGGGCAGGAUAUAAAUCAAAUAAUAAAUAAAUCAAAUAAUAAAUAAAAUUAAUGGACAUGGUUAACUCAGGUCCAGUAAUUUCAGUGGGUCUACUCUGAACAAAACUUAGUUGGAUUCAGCCCAUUGCUUUGUAGAUCUCAGACAUGAAGGAGGGGAAAGAAGAAUGAGUGUCAGGCACCAAUUUCAAACCACCUCUGCAAACACAGCCUCCUCAUAUCCACACUUACCCAGAGAUAAAUUUCACUGGAUUCAGUGGGGCUUGCACCCAGUUAAUUGUGUUUUGAAUAGCUGCAUUAACCUUUUUUUAUUACAAGUUGGAUUCUGUAUAGCAAGGGUAGAUAAUGUGGUGUCUUCCAGAUGUUGUUGGACUCUUUCAUUAAUUAGCCCCACCCGGCAUGGGCAGUUAUGUCUGUGGUCCCCCCCCCUCCCAGUAAUGGAAUGCCACUCCAAAGAGGACUUUUUCACUUCGAGUGGACUUUAUGGUCUAAUAGAUUUUAAUUCUUAGAAGUGUUUUGUUUUAUUCUUGCUAAUUUCUAGUGCUUUUUAUGUUAGUGAUCUUAUGCCCCUAUUUAUGGUUUUAUGCCUGUUUACACUGAUCUUUGUGCUGGUACAGCUUGUGAACGGAUUAGUUGAUUGUAUUUUAUUGAUAUUAAUGGGUGAACUGCCCAGAGUUGAUGGUUAAUUGAGAGGUACUUACAUGCAAAGCAUUAAAAAAGCCGCCACAUUUAGAAAUGUUCUAGCUUUUUGUGUGUUUUUUGGGGGGGGGGGCUUUGAGCCCUGAGAUCUCUUACUCUUGGUGAAUGUGGGCUGAGGCUGU